GCGCCUGUGCGGCCAACCUCCGUUUCGUUGGCCAAUCUGGGUGCCCACCACGAGUGAGCGCCCAUACUGUUCAAACCUGAUUGGAUAUAAUGUUUGGACCAAUCACACCCACGGUUUUGCCACGACGUUCCGGCUUAGGGGCUGUCAACUUGCUCCUAUUGGUCACUUUGGUCAUGUGGGUGUGAGUCAGUGUAUGUAAUUGGUUGGUUUGCUGCUCGGGCGCGAUUUUGCAACGCGGUAUAACACUUGUGUGGGCGCAUUCUGGUCAGAGCGGACUUGCAGCACCAAGAUUAACAUUUGUAAAACUUAUUUUAUUUUUUUUACUAUUCCGGAUACUUUGUAGCUGAAUACGGAGUUGUUUCUUGCUCUCUGGAAAUGGACAUAUUCACGCCGGAUUAACACGGCGCGACAUUUUCAUAUUGUUAAAGAAUAGCUGCUCAUUUUCAGCCAUUUCCGUUUUUUUUGACGGCAUCCAAACAAUGGCCGACAUCAAACACCCGCAUGUCAUCUUUUGUAACGACUCACCCAAGAGGGUUCUGGUGUCCGUCAUCAAGACCACUCCGAUCAAGCCCACGAAGGCCGAGGCCAUGACUCCCACCAGCCCGGGGUUCAGCGACUUCAUGGUCUACCCGUGGAAGUGGGGGGAGAACGCCCACAACGUGACACUGAGUCCGGGCUCACUGAGCGGGGCUUCCUCUCCCAGCGGGACCACCGGAGAGGCCGACGCGGCUCAAUCACCCGAUCAGAUGAAGGAUGGUAUUCGCAGAGGUCGUCCGAGAGCUGACACUGUCCGAGAGCUGAUUAGUGAAGGGGAGACGUCCUCCAGCCGCAUCCGCUGCAACAUCUGCAACCGGGUGUUCCCCAGAGAGAAGUCGCUCCAGGCUCACAAAAGAACACACACAGGCGAGCGACCGUAUUUGUGUGACUAUCCAAAUUGCGGCAAGGCCUUCGUCCAGAGUGGUCAGCUGAAGACGCACCAGCGGCUGCAUACUGGAGAGAAACCCUUUGUCUGCUCAGAAAAAGGAUGUGGCAAUCGAUUCACGCACGCCAACCGUCAUUGCCCCAAGCAUCCAUUUUCCCGCCUCAAGAGGGAGGAGCCAAAGGUGGGGACAGGCAAGGCGCAGUCUGUGGACAACAAAGCUGUGGCAGAGUGGCUGGCAAAGUACUGGCGGACCCGUGAGCAGCGCGCCCCCACCACCAUCAACACCAAGGGGAAGGUGCAGAGCAAAGCCAGAGCACAGGACCAGGAGCAGCGGGACCCCAUGGAGUUCCUCGAGUCCGACGACGAGAAGGGCGAAGAGGAGGAGAUGGCGGAGGAGGAGAAGGGCAGCCAUGGCGGAGCCGCCAAGCGUCGUCUCCAGGAGCAGCGGGAGCGUCUCCAUGGUGCUCUGGCGCUCAUUGAGCUGGCCAACCUGUCUGGCUGAGCAGCACGCCAAAUCACUUAUGUCCAGCCCCAGUCUGCCUUCCUUUGUGCUGUAGCUAGAGAACCAUCCCCUAACACAGAUCCACUCUUGCUUCAAGAACCGGCCUGAGAUCAGUGUUUGUGCACAGCAACCCCCACCCCUCCCCUUGGAAGGCACAAGCUAAAGCACCUUAUUCAGCUUCCAUUUAUCCUUUUUAGGCUGCUAUUGUAGAUUUUACUAUAUGAAGAAUGUCGCUCUUCUUUUCUGCCUUUUAAAGGCGAUCAAAGAGUACCUAUUGUGUUCUUAAGUUGUCUUCUUGUUUGCACUUUUACGGUAACAAGUUUUUAAAAAGGUAUGUUUGGAGUGUGUGAUUGUAAAUAUGGUUGAAGAUUUGAUGACGGGGUGUAACGGCUCACGGUCCUGCCAACUCACGGCCUCUUGUCAGUGUAAGACAGAGAGAAGCAAAAAAAAAAAAAAUGGCGUUUACCUGCACUAGGCGAAGGGAGAGUGGGAUUUUUAGGGGAUGGGGGUGGGAGUACAGUCAGACAUGUUUCCUUUCUGCGAGGACAGGUGAUCAUUGCAAGCACUAAUCCACUUCUCACGUUGAACAGAACAUGCACUUAAGACCCUUUUCCACCCAGCAGUACACUCCGGUGCAAAAGUUUUAGUCUUUGUUGUGCCACAUUUGGCACAUUUGAACUUUGUUUCCACCCAGCGGUACAGCUCGGUUCAGUUCACCACGGUACAGUUUAGAUCAGGAAAACGGUCGCCUCUGUACCAAAGAGGCAACCGCAAAAUUGCAGCAUGCGCCGUACAGCUACAUUUGUGCAACACAAAAGUGCAGGACAAGUAUGUGCCAGGUGUUAAACUGCACACCCCUAUACCGACACAUACAGUACCAGUCAAACGUUUGGAGAUACUUUCCCAUUCAAUUAUAUGUAGAACUGUCUCCAAACAUUAGAUUGGUACUGUAGGUGGUGUGCCACCUGUGUUGCGGCUUUGAUACUACUCAAGAGUCUCUAGUGUGUCUAGCCCCACCCUUGGAGUACAGUACUGUACUGCUUGGCGGAACCAAGGCCAAGACAGAAUAUUAAAUGUUUGGUAUAAAUUAGUAAAGAGGCUUAUUGUAUCACUUCUUCAAAUGUACAUAUUGACAGUUCACUCUGAGCUUAUGGUUCAUCUUUCUUGGACUGUUGGGUCAGUGUGUAAAAAAAAAAAAAAAAAUGAAGCACUUGGGUUUAUUUAAAAUUAAUAAAUAAAAUCUUGGAUUACGGCUUGCAAUGCCUGAAAUACACAUGCUGUCCAGGAAAAAGCCUCCAGUUUGUUUGUCAAACAGAUUUUUGUUGUAUUGUAGUGCAGGGUUGUCUUUUAAGCUACACUACAUAAGAACACUGUAUCAUGCUUCCUACUACCCAUACUUCAUUUUCUGUUUUAUUUUCCGAGCCAAUCGUACAUAACAAGUGAUUUAGGAUUGCAUUUGUUGGAUUCCCACACGUCCCAAGAGGCGAAACUGGAAGUUAGUUGAGAAUCAAGGCACCAAAUGAUGCUUUGUGUAGUAUAUUCUGAAGCAUUUCUUCUAACCCUUAGGCUUGUUUUUUUGGUUUUGUUUUGUUUUAUGAGUGAGCGUGGUUUGAAAAAUGAUGGCAUUUAAUAUAUACAUAGAAUAAUAUUGAUUGUGCACAACUUACCAAGAGCUUUGUCGUGGAAUUGUAGAAUCAGUUCUCUCUCAUCUUAACAUCUUCUGACAUGUAUCGAGUGACCCUUACUUGGUUUGGUUUCUAUGGUAAAGCUUCUCUACCAAGCUGUCCAUUCUGUGAUAGACUUGCUGGUUUUCAAUAAACAUUCACACA